GGCGACUGGGCGUGGCCUUGCCGGGCGGGCAGAGGAGAAGCUGCGAGAGGCGUGACAGGCGUGGCUGGGAGCGCGGCGCUGAGGCGGGUUGGCCUUUCCUCAGACCUCUGGGAAGGCGGUUGCUUGGGGUGAGAAGCCCAGCCACUGCUCCCCGCCCUCAGAGAGCCGAGGUACCUCACAGGCGCCACCAUGACAGGCGGCUUCUGCGUCCCAGUACUCCUGGCCGCUUGGCUCGCGGCCGCAGCGGCCGAGGGCCUGGAGCAGGCCGCGCUGCCGGCCGAGGAGAGCCGUGUGCAGCCCAUGACCGCCUCCAACUGGACGCUGGUGAUGGAGGGCGAGUGGAUGCUGAAAUUUUAUGCUCCAUGGUGUCCAUCCUGCCAGCAGACUGAUUCUGAAUGGGAGACUUUUGCAAAGAAUGGAGAAACACUUCAGAUCAGUGUGGGAAAGGUGGAUGUCAUUCAAGAGCCAGGUUUGAGUGGCCGCUUCUUUGUCACUACUCUCCCAGCAUUUUUUCAUGCAAAAGAUGGGAUAUUCCGCCGUUACCGUGGUCCAGGAAUCUAUGAAGAUUUACAGAACUACAUAUUAGAGAAGAAAUGGCAAUCAGUUGAGCCUCUCACUGGCUGGAAGUCCCCAGCCUCUCUAACGAUGUCUGGAAUGGCUGGUCUUUUUAGCAUCUCUGGCAAGAUUUGGCACCUUCACAACUAUUUCACAGUGACUCUUGGAAUUCCUGCAUGGUGUUCUUAUGUUUUUUUCGUCAUUGCCACUUUGGUGUUUGGCCUGUUCAUGGGUCUGAUCCUGGUGGUGAUCUCAGAAUGCUUCUGUGUGCCUCUGCCAAGAGCUUCCUCUGAACGCUGUGAGCAGGAGCAGAGGCCCGGGGAGGCUCAAGGAGCUGAGCAGCUACAGGAUGCAGAGGAAGAAAAGGAUGACUCAAAUGAAGACGAAAACAAAGACAGUCUUGUGGAUGAUGAGGAAGAGAAAGAGGAUCUUGGAGAUGAGGAUGAAGCAGAAGAAGAUGAGGAAGAGGACAACUUGGCAGGCAUCAUGGAUGAGGAGAGAAGUGACACCAAUGAGCAAGGAAUUGUGAAGGAGGAUAGUGUGUCCCCUAAAGAUGAUGAGGCUCAUGCAGCUGACACUCAGGAGGUGGUCGAAGACUCCUUGAGGCAGCGUAAGAGUCAGAAUGCCAACAAGGGAUCAUAGGUUACCUUAUGACAUUUCUAAAAAUACAGGCCAAAAAAGAAGUCUGUUCCCCCUCUGGUCUGCAGUUUAAGCCAAAUCCUUAGUUGUUUGUUUUGUUUUGUUUUUCUGAAUGAGCAAUGUUCACUUUAAAAAGAUGAUCUCUAGCCCUGUGGUUACAUGGUAGUAAGCCUCAGUACCGUAAAUAGAGGUGUAGCACUUAGCCACCAUAGCAUUAGAGUUUUGUGAGGACUUGUGGAGAACAAGUUGAUGUGCUUGGGUGCCAAAGAAUAAAUCAGAGGACUUCUUUGUAGUUCUCAUUAGCACCUUUAGAAAUGGGGCUGCUGCUUAAUAAAGUGAGAGCAAAACCACAACACUGUUUUGGGGCUAGAAAUUGUGGAGGCCUGGGUAUAGAUACAACUUCAAAAUGGAGCUAGGGAGUCAUCUAAGCUCUUUUCGUCUCCGCUGUCUUUUGUUUCUGACCUUUAAUCUCUGUGACUUUUCCGCUUUGCGCUUGCACACUCCCACACUUCACAGCUGCUCUGUAGUGAGAAGAGCAGGCAGCAGUGAUCUGCAUGGAUUAUCCUUAUAUGAAGUAAAGCUUGAGGUAAUCAAUAACCAUAGCUGAUGAGGCUAACACUGCCAAGUAUCUCAAAGACAUGCUGUACUCUCUGAAAAUUCAAAAGACAGUAGCGGUUUCAUAGCACAGGUACUAGCAACAUCUUGUUUGGGUCCUAUAGUUUACAGGAUAACUUCUUCAAGAGUUUCUACAGCCACAUUCUUUGUUUUUCUGAUCCCAAAGUGCUCUAAGUCUUGUCACUAUAAGGUAGUUUUAUAAAGCUGACUCCAGGUCUAUGGUAGUUAGUUUCCAUCUCAAGGAACAUCUCUGGAACCCCUUUAAUAACAACUGAAAAGGCAUGUCUGCUUUGCUUUAGUGAUGUGUUUUUGGUGAAAAAAAAUUGAUGAAAGUCAAUAUCAAGAGGUGAAAGAUUUGAUUUGUUUCUGUCUCCCUUGAUCAUCUGGAGAGUUGUAUGAUUAUAAAUCUCUCCCUGCUCAAUCCAAUAUCAGUAUAAAGGAACCCAGCUUCCUUAAAAAAAAUCUUCACCUCCUCUCUUACCCUCUCAUGUCUGAGAAUAAAUCCAUAAAAUUAGAUUGUAGCUAUAUGAAAGAUGACUAAUGUCAAUCUUAUUCCCCCUUGGGUUGAGUCAGAAUAAUGAGGUUUGUGAAAUUCUGAAUGUUUCAUCAUUUUAAAAAGGGAUGUAUAGUGUAUUUCUCUGGCUAUUAGACAGAACUUUCUUUGCAUUAGCUGCCAACAGGGGGCUCACAGCAGAGGAGGUUCAGAGUCUGCCUCCUGUACUGCACAAGGCUGCUACAAACCUUGCACAAAGAAAGAUUUUAUUGUGACAAUCCAUUCUUUUUAAAUGUUUUUUAUUUCAUCUUUGUAACUUAGUUAACUGUCAGUUCAAGGCUGAGGCCAUUGCAGAGCUGGAGACCUUACUGCCCUUCCAUGUUUCUGCCCUUCUGAUAACAUCUGUACUCAAAAGUGCCAUGAUUCUGUGGUACCAUUCAUCCUCCUGCUAGAGCUGAGCUGCACCUUCUCUUCUGCCAGUGUAUUUCCUUCCUUUACUUGGAAUCAGAUGCAUGGAGUGUUUAAGAAAUAGUAAAUCCAAGUUCAGAGUGGUGGGAAAGGGAUGGCUUGCAUCUCUGUUAUGUGAAGUACCCUCCUCCAAAUUGACAUACUGGAUUUUAUUGGGAUAUUUGACAAGAAAGAAAGCUUGAAGGAUUACAGUCUGCCUUGGCUUUGAUAAAUGCUUUAGGACCAGGUUCCAAUUGGACAACAAAUACUAUCUAAUAAUAUAAUGGAAUAAUAUUUUCCUUUCUUGAUAAUACUUAAAAGAUAUUGGAGGCUAAGGGGAAAAGUCAUGGAGAAGAGUGUCUAAUCGACAAAAAUUAUAUUUAUUUGUAGAAAUCAUUUUUCCUAGCUUUUCUGUUUUUAACGUCCUGGCAAAAAUUAGGUUUCUAGUAAGUAGUCUAGGACCUUAAUUUCUUUGCAUUUGAAGCACUUAGGUUUAUUUUUUCAAUACUUUGUUCAUAUAAAAUUAAAGGAAAAAAUCGAUUUAAUAUUAGAUAAAUAUUUAAUACUACUUCAUUUUUUAUGUUCAUAAUGCAUUUAAUCCAGAAGUUAAGUGCAUGGAAACAUGAUUUUAUAAAACAGAAACUAACCAUGCUUCCCCUGCAUUGCCAUACCUGCUAUUUAAUUGUAGAUUGCUAUUUUCUGUAUGAUAAAAUCAGGUGAUGAGAUAGCAAUUGUGGAAUGAGGAUGUAUAGUGCUUUAUGGACAGGUAGUUAGAGAAAGGUGCCUUGUUCUUCAUUGGAAUAUCUGAAAGAAAAUUCCAUUACCUCUUUUUAAUUUUUUCUUCUUAACCCUUCACCUCCUUAACCAUGCUGAACCACACCGGAUUGCUUAGAAUCUCAUGGAAGCAAUGCAUAGGCAGUUCACUUUUUUGUUGUUGUUUUAUUUUGAAGGCUAAUCAUGGAACAUGGAAGAGAUGGCUCAUUCCCUACACAGCAUUGUGUUGUGUGGCAGUCACUGCAGUCUCAUUCAUCCUGUACAUAGGAUUUGUACCUAUUAUCUAUAGGAACUAGUCAAUGGAAGGCAAAUAGGCUUGACACAGAUCAACUUUGGACAGCUAAAAAGCUACACUCUCACUUUUUAGGGCCAACCACUGACUGAUAAUUAAGAUAUUGCCGUGUGGUUUGAGUACAUGUAAACUUGAAUAAGUACACCUUGUAACAGCUUUUGGGGAGGAGAUUAAAAUGCUAGUUAAGGGAAUAUCUACCAUGUGUCUUUUUGGGAGUUUGGAAACAGUGGAGGUCAAAGGGAAAUAUUAAAGGAUUGAAAAGAGUGAAAGACAUUACAGCAUUAAAAUCCUAAGCAUGAAGUGAGAGAAAGAAAGAGAGAAUGGUGCUUUUGCUGGUGUGUACAGGUUUUCUGUGUUCUUCCUCUUGGUGUCCCGCUGUUAUUCCUGCCAGUAUUGUACAUGUGUGAUUGACUAGCCUGUCAAAUAUAUCAACUGUUUGGAAAGUAUUUGUGUAAAUCUUUGUACCAACAAGAACUCUCCCAGUGUUGUGUCUCUUUACUUCACUGAUUUGGUCCUUGUGAGAUUGUAGCUUGUCUGAGAGAAGCCAAGGUGGAGUCUCAAGAAACCUGCUGGGUCAGUUCUUUGAGCAGCUACCCCAAAGCAGGAGGUUCAGCUGAGAAGCCUUGGACAGCUUCAGCUAGCAUGUUGACCUCAGAGGCAUACUCUCUAAAGUUUUGUGUAGAUUGUGAUGUUUACCUGUGGCUUUGACUCACUUCUAAUGUGGUUUGAUUUUAUUUGUUUCUGGACAGCUUUGUAGAAAUGCAAUUUUUAUACUAAAGACACUGUUCAUUUGUGAGUCAAUAUAUUAUAAAAUGGUGUAUUUAUUUUUUGUAAUAGUUUUGAUUGUUUAGCCCAGUGUAUUUAUUUUCUGUUACCUAUGUAUUCUGUGCUCUCAAAUAGAUGUGUAGCAAUUGAAAUGAGAAAUCAGUGAAUCAUUUCAAAUACUACAUUGCCUGCAUUACAAAUUCUCUGGUCACAGAAUUGUACAUGACCCUGAGCCUAUGUACUGCCAUUUGAUUGUCAGGUUCCAUUUGUGUCAAAACCUAAAGGUAGUGAUGACCAAGUGAAACAGAGUGGUGUAUUGCUUUUUCAUAUGAAUAUUUUCACAUAAAAGCAUUUGUGAAAGCAGUUGAAAAUA